ACAGCUCUAAACACCUCCACGUGUUGUGAAACCUUCACGGUCCAUCCGUGCGCUGGUUGCGAGGUCCCGUCAGCGAUCCUGAAACAGCUUUAAGCGCUGUGGCUGCUGAACUACGUGCAGGAGCAGCUCCUGAGUUCGUUCAGCUUUUAACGUGUGGAAACAUUUGGGUGGGAGCCCUGUGCCAAAUCCCAGGCACAGCUGGGGGUGCCCGUCUGCUCUCCAUGCCGUGCCGUCACGCCGCUGGUUCCAUGUGUGAGAUUUGCAGAGCGGUGCUGCAGAGCUGCUCAAACACACCGCUUGGUUGCCUUUGAAGUUCCAAGCCGGAAUAAAUCUGCCUCUGCCAAAAAUGCUACGGGUUCUUUGUACCUGAAAAGAGAUGUUAUACAGAUCUGUUCAGCCUUUCAAGCACCCAACAGAUCAGCACUUUGCUGCAGAAAGGAGAGUGCUUGCGAGCAUAAAAGGGUUUUGGGGAAUGACCUAUUGCCAAAAACAUCUCACAUUGACAAUAAUUUUGUCAGGCUUGUGUAAGAACAUAAGAACAUAACCUUUUCUUACCUGUUCUUUUUGUGACUGCUUCUUUUGUUAAAUAUCCUGCCUCACCUUUAGAAACAACCUCCUUUCUGCUGUAACGCCGAGCUGCAGCUGUCAGAGCUCCCUGCUCAACAGUUAGCUGUUUAUUCAGGAGUGCACAGAUACAGAAAACAGGGCACCUCACGUAUCUCCGUGCCUCCUGGCAGGAUUUCCUUACAACCCUCAUUCCUGGCUGACUUUGUCUAAAGGUGCCCAGCCAUAGUUUCCUCUGCCCCCCCCCCCAGCACUGAACGUUCCCUUCACACCUAACCUGAAUUUUACCUGUCAUUACCUUUUAUUUCUAGCUUCCCACUGCAAUGGACUUGGAAAACAGGUGAAAGCCUUCAUUUGUGCUCUAAGAUUGCACCUCUGCAUGGGCAUUCCCCUAAUUUGUUUUGAGUGGUUCUGGUUUUUGUAGCAUCCAUCACUGUACACUGACCUCCCAUUGUUUGCUCUGUUUCUUUCUCCAGUGCAGCAUCUGCACGGGGCAGUGCAUUGAGUGGGGGCUUUAUCAGUGCUGAGCAGAGCAGAAAGAUUGCUUCACGUGUCUCGCAGAGGAUGCCAGCUUCCAGCUGCCCCAGCACGCCUUUUUCACAAGUGCACAACAGUUGUUGAGUCCUCUGUGGUUUAUGACCUGGCAUAACCCCAGAUCCUUUUCUGUAGAGCAGAUACCUAAUCACAAGUUGAUUACUAAUAGCCUGUAAUGUGCAGUUAAUAGCACCUAAAUGUAGUUGAGAGCUUGACCAUGCUGAACUGUGCCCAAUUUUCACUGAUUUUUGAAGAACUUGCUUAAAUUGAGUUCUAGUCCCCAAAGAACUCACCUCUACCAGCUUGCAUCACCUUCACAUUUAGAAGGGUUUUCUGUAUUUGCAAUCCAGGUUUCUAAUGAACAUGUCAUUAGCCCUCCCAUACCUACCUAGGCCUAUUACAAACAGACUCACUUUCUGCUUUCUCUAUGCCCUUAGGUUGUUUUCCACUCCUUUUGAGCCUGUCUUAUCCAGCCUUCCUAUGGAUCACAGCUCAGAGCUCUCUGCACAAGAUUGGGAAGCUGGUCUUGUUCUGGUGCCAGUAAUUUCUCUAAAUACCACCAACAGACACAUGGCUGUAUGGCAGGAUGACUGGACAAGGUAAUUCCGCACGGUCUUCCAGCAACACUAGGAUUUGAUUUUCUAGGGGAUGAACAACUUGAUGAUGGCACUGGUCAGCAAGUAGAUUCUUUGCUUUGCAAGUAGAUUCUAUAGUAUGGUAUAGAACUAACCCUCGAUACAUAAAGUAAAACCAUAUGCUAGAACAGAGCCUUCCAUCCUGUGGUUAAAUCUGCAGUUCCCUUUUACAAUGCAGGCUUGUCUAACUUAUCAUCUCCUAUCAUUUCUGAAGUACCUAUCACAUCUGUGCUUAAAAGACAGCAGUUGCAAAAGGAACCCGCAGGGAGACAACCCAGAAGACGUUUGAACAAACAGAGGAGGCUCUUCACACAACUUCGGAGACUCUGCAGGUAACUCCUGGGAUUUACAUUGCAGUCUGUUUUUCUGUCUUUCUGUGCUUUGUUUGAAGAUUGGCCCCACUUUGAAAAGUCAUCUUUGCAUUAUGGUGGGAAGUGCAUCUGGAAUCUGCUCCUGACCAAUUGCCUCUCAGUAGAACUCGUGUGUCAGUUGUAAGAAAGAAAAUCAUGACCAAUUCAGCUGCUCACUGUGUUUAGAUUUAUACUGCACUUUAUGAAGGAAUAGACCCUUCCAUGAAGGGAAUGCAUCUUUGACUUUCUCCUCACUGCUUUUUACUGCGCAUAACCAAAACCAUAAACAAGGCUUUUACUCAUCCUGAGAACUUACUAUGCCCGUUUUUGUGGGGAGCAUCAUCUUGUUUGUAGGUAUUUGUUAACUUUUUGAUUGUAUUUUCAGGAUUUCAUGGCAUGAGACAAACCUGUUAUCACAGACUGUGUGAUACCAUUCACGAAUGAGCCAGCAUGAUGAGAGUUUGUCUGAUGCUCCUUUGGAUAAGAAUCGUAGUCCAGCCACGCACGCUUCAGUGUAAAGCAGUUCAGGUUUUCCCACCUGUUAACUUCACCCUUACAGUCUCUGCAUUAGCACAAGUACUUCUAAGCUGGAAGCUGAGUCCUAAUCAGGAACAAAAGAACUACACUAUUAGAUACGAUGUGAAAAUCUUAACUCCUGUGUUUGAAGAGUAUGAUACAGUGAAGACUCACAGUCUCCAAACAGCUGUACUCCACAAUGGUUUCUCGGCGCAUGUCCGCACGUUGCUUUUCCAUCAGGGUCUUCAGAUGACGAGCGACUGGGUGACAGCAGAACUCCAGCCUCCACCGGGUGCUGAAAAUACAGCUGUCACUGAUCUGUCCUGUGUUACUCACUUCACCAUUUCUAGCACUGUUUCUCUCCAUUGCACUUGGCUUCCUGGUAAAGGGGCACCAGAAGAUACUGAGUACUUUCUAUUUUACAGGUAUGAGACCUACAUGGAAGAAUGCCAACAUUACAUCAAAGACAAGUGGAACAGGAAUAUAGAGUGCAGGUUCUCAGUGACUCAUAUUGUUCCUGGUGAGAUUGAUGAGCUCAUUGUAAUACACAUUAAUGGCUCCAGCAAGUAUGCUGCAAUCAAGCCUUUCCAGCAGUUGUUUAACCAAAAUGCCAUUGAAAAGGUGAAUGUUCCCAGAAAUGUCACUGUAUUCUUAGAGCAAAAUGAUCUCGUGGCCACAUGGGAGAAGCCACUUUCUACUUUCCCUAAAGGCUGUUUUGAAUACGAAUUUUACCUCACCAACUUGAAGUCAGGUAACAAGCAGGUAUCAAAAACAUAUUCACAUGACUUCAGAUUACGGAUUGAUGUUACCUGCAGAUACUCCAUACAGAUAAGAGCAAAUCAUUACACGUGUGCUGUAAAUGGAUUCUGGAGUGACUGGAGUGAAAUUAUUUAUAUUGGAGAAAACAAACAGGAGAAUCUGAUAGUCUGGAGUCUUGCUGUGCUUUGUGUAUCCACAUGCUGUACGGUCACACUUAUUGCUAUAGUAUGCAAAUCACAACACACGUGGAGCAAACUGUUUCCGCCCAUUCCGACGCCCAGGAUCAAGUUCAGAGAUCCCUUUCCAAAUCACUACGAGAGGGCACGCAGCUGCCCCAGCGAGACGUGGCUGGAGCCAGGCCUGACCGAGGGCCUCCCCUGCAACGCUCUGCACGACGACGUCUUCUGAGGCAGCCGCACGCGAAGAACUGCUCGGCUGUGGUUCCAGCACUGUUUGUUGGUUCAUUUAGAACAACUGCUGUGAGCGGUGUGGAAAGAGCACGGCGGUGCCAAUGGCGAGGCGACAGCCCCAACCCACAGACGGUGGUGUAAGAGGUUACAGCGUAAGGGGGAAAAAAAAAAAUUAAAAAAGCAGCACUUUCCUGGCACGUUCUGAUGCCUUUCCUCAACCCGAUCUAUAGAACACAGCCUGGGAACACAGCCCUCAGUUAUGCAUAGCUAAGGAAGUUUGCCAAGGAGCUCCCUGUGGUUUUUACCAAGGCUUUUUGAUACUAAAGGAGCUGGGCCCCUCCUCCAUCUGUAAUUCCAACUGCCUUCAGGUGAGUUUGAAUAUCCAAGCCCAAGAUUGCAGCUCAUUCUUCUUACCCAUCCAAGCAAGUUACCAGACCUGCCCCAAGCAAGCUCUGGUCUGCCCUCACCAGCUGCUCUGCUCUUUGCAUCCUGCCCAAAGAGCCUCCUGCCCACCCGGCUGCCCCAAGCACGUAAGCAUGGAAUAGGAAGACAAAAAAACAACAAAACACUGAGCAAUGAAGUUGUUUGGGAAGUGCCUAAACAUAAUGGAGCUCCCAGGUGCUAAAGACUAGAAAUAAUUAUAAUAAAUGAGGCAGCUCUCAUCUGGGUGAAAUAGCAUGGCUCCAUCAAAAUUAAUGUAGCUCAUUAAUAUAACAAUGUUUGUGCCUCAAAUGUCUCUACUGCUUGUGAUUGGAAUGGAUUGGAGGUGCCCAGCUUUAACAGUCUGAAAAUCAGUAUUUCAUUAGUAAAAUCCUAAAAACGAGAUGAAAGAAUUCAUUUACUGUAAUGUAUUUCAUUUAUGUCACGGCUUCAAGUCCUCUAAUAAAUAAGAUUUGUAAAUAUAAUUUCACUCCCAUUAAUGGAAAGGUGCUGCAGAGAUUAAUGCAGUACAUUUCGGUUUAGUUUGCAUUUGAGCUGUGCACUGUGACUGCUCUGCACUUGCAGCGAAAGCCUUCAGCUCUCAGGGCACUUGGACAGGUACCCACAUUUCUGCUAGGAGCUUCAGAAGUGGCAGAGAAGCUUGGGAUUUUCCAUACUGCUGGUGGGGAUGAUGGGAAAACAACACAAACAUUUGCAGUCUGUUGUUUCCCUCACCUGGAUUUCUGUGCUUUUUCCCCAAAGCCAUGCUCAGGUGCCCCCCACCAGGUGCCAAGCUCCCUACCUCCAUCUGAGUGUCACCGCUUCUCCUUCCCCAUGCAAUGUUCAGCAUCACGAGCCUUGCCUGUGCUGCUGCUUGGGAGCUGAUGAAACUGCCUGACACGUGGCCGGGCUGAGUGCUGCACGGCCCUAUGGUGGCACGAAGACAUUAAAACAUGAAUUUUUAAAUUACUGCUUAGGCUGCAUUCCAAUGAAACAGAAAUCCUUUUGAAAUCAUGGCUAUUUUAAUUGUUUUAAUAAAUCUUUGCACAUUUCCCAUGGAAG